CUCGCCUACUUAUCUGACCUUUUUGUGUAUGUUUUGUAUGUAUACAUUACCACAUCAUCAUCAUCAUAAUAAUUAAAAGGUUUUAUAUCAUCAUCAUCGACACUACACGGGGUCUAUAUAUACAUUCUUCCUCCUCCUCUUGCUUAUUUCUCUUCAAAACAAAAUAUUCUCUAGGAAAUAUUUAUUCCAGAGUAUCAAAACAUUACUACGAUGGGUGAGAAAAAGGAAGAAACGGCGCAGACGAAACCUGAAGGAGAGAAGAAGCCAGUCAACGUCGUAGUCAUGAAGCUUGAUAUGCAUUGCGAAGGUUGUGGCAAGAAAAUCAAACGGCUCUUGAAACAUUACAAAGGUGUGGAAGAUGUGCAGAUUGAUUAUAAAGACAACAAAAUGACGGUGGUCGGAAACGUGGACGCAGCGGCAGUUCGGGAUAAAGUCGCCGAGAGAAUCAAGAGAAAAGUCGAAAUCGUGUCUCCCAAGAAAGAGACUCCUCCUCCUCCUUCAGGAGACGGUGAAAAGAAACCGGAGGAUGAGAAACCUGCGGCUGAGAAGAAACCCGCCGGCGAGGGAAAAGAUGAGAAGAAGAAGAAAGAGGAAGGAGAGAAGACAGCUCCUCCACCUCCUGCUCCUGCUCCACCAAAAGAGAGUACGGUGGUUCUGAAGACGAAAUUACAUUGCGAAGGUUGCGAACACAAGAUCAAAAAAAUAGUCAACAAAAUUAAAGGAGUUAAUUCAGUAGCCAUUGAUAGCACCAAGGACUUGGUGAUAGUGAAAGGGAUCAUUGACGUGAAACAACUCACUCCUUAUCUCAACGAGAAACUUAAACGUACCGUCGAAGUUGUUCCACCGAAAAAAGAGGAGGGAGCCACCGUGGCAGCGGCUCCAGUUCCAGCUGGUGGCGAGAAGAAGGAUAAAGAUGCUGGUGAAAAGAAAGAGAGCAAAAACGUUGAAGAAAAGAAGGAUGGUGGUGGUGGUGAAAAGAAAGAGAUCAAAGAUGUCGGAGAAAAGAAGGACACUGGUGGUGAAAAGAAGAAAGAAGUUGCCCCGGUCGGAGGAGGAGAUGGUGGUGCUACUAUGGAUGUGAAGAAGUCAGAGUAUAGCGGUUAUGGUUAUCCACCUCAGCCUAUGUAUUACUAUCCACCAGGACAAAUGUACGGUCAACACUACAUGAUGCAAGGUCAAUCAUCUCAAUCCUAUGUACAAGAACCGUAUGUGAACCAAGGAUAUGUACAUGAAUCGUAUACAAAUCAAGGAUACGGCCAAGGUUAUGGACAAGAAGCACCACCACCACCACCACAACAGUAUAUGAACCACCAAGGGUAUGCAGAUCCUUAUGCUCAUAUGCGUGCUCCGCAGAUGUUUAGUGAUGAGAAUCCAGAAGGGUGUUCUGUUAUGUGAGUGAAAUGAGAGGGGGGGGGGGAAUUGUAAAUAACUAUUAUAAGGUAGAUAUGGUAAAAUUGUAUCUUAACCGGUGAAACUGGCCGGGUAUAACCGGUUUUUGGGAGAAGUGGGUUGGGUUUUAUACGUUGGUUGGUUUACUCUAUCGACUAUAUGUAUAAAUACAGUUUCCUUCUAUUAUAAGAUAAGAUCCUCUGUUUAAUAACCUAGUGUGUGCUAAUGUAUGUAAUGGUCAAGUGAUCAUAAUGAAAAUCAGUAUCUUUGCUACUUCAAA